GUCCAUUCCGCGUAGAGAAAUCUCAUUACCGCCGCGUGAUAAUCAGUUCAACUUUGGGCCCUCCCGAAUUAACGAGCCCUUAUCUUUCCUUCUUCGUCUUCUUUAUAUAUUUAAUUGUUUUAUCUUUAACCGUUCUUUCUUUUUCUUUUAUUUGCAGCGACUUGAAGGCGGCUCUCAAGUGCAUACAUUCGUACACGAGGAUGUGCAUGAACUUGCAGCAUCGCAAACACUUCAGGGAACUUUUCCACAGCACCGGCGUCAUGGUUCACGAGCUCUGCAACAACAGCACGUACCAAGAAGAAUACUUGAAGUACGCGCCGUGCAUGAAGGAAGUCGCCGCCGAGAACGAGGUGUGCUUCAGUCGAUACUCGACGGCGAUGACGUCCAUCAGCAGCAACGCUCCGCAAAUACAGAACGAGUCCGAACCUAACUCGAUAUUCCAGAAGAAGAAACGCGAGGCCGCAGAUGAGGGCAUAAAGAGCGUUUGCUGCACAUUCCGCGAGUAUGUGGACUGCUCGACGCACACGAUGAGAAGAGCGUGCGGCGAGGACGCGGCGCUCUUCAGCCGGAACUUCCUGGACAGGAUGUCCUCCUCCAUGAUCAAGCUCCAUUGUUCUUCGUACGGAUCGCGGCAGUGCGGGCUCGGGUCCGGCGCCGGAUUGUCGGCGACGCGGGCGUCGCUGGUGAGCGUCGCGGCGUCGGCGGUGCUGGCGCUGCUCCUGCGGUUUAGCAUGAGCUGAAUCAACUGAAGAGAAACCCAACUUCCGUUUCGUUUGUGGUGUGUGCGUGCAUGGGAGGACAGUGAGAUAGAGAGAGAGGAGGAAGGAGCUGAAUGAACGAUGAGGACCUGCGGAAGGAAGGACGAAGAUCGAAGAAAUAAAAAUCAUACUCGGUUCCGGAUCACAUUAGUCAAAUUAGUCUGCAGUCAUACCAAAACUGUUGUUUAGCGAGGAUAAUACUCAUAAAGCAAGAAAUAGAAAAACCCUAAAUAGUUGUAUGCUAGUGUGUGUUUAACACACAAAAGAAAAAAAAA